CCAAGGACCGGCGGACGUGUUCCGGGUUUGGGCCUGGCUCUACGGUAGAGGCGGCAGCAGCAGCAGCGGCGGCGGCGGAGGAGGAGGGGUGAGACGCAGUUUGUGGGAACUGGGUUACCGGCAUGGACGUAUGGGGGCAGGAAACCGAUUGGCGGAGCGCCGCCUUCCGGCAGAAGCUGGUUAGUCAAAUUGAGGAUGCCAUGAGGACAGCUGGUGUGGGCCACAGUAUAUCUAGCAAGGAUAUGGAGAACCAUGUAUUCCUGAAGGCCAAGACCCGGAACGAACACCAACCGCCCGAGGCCGCUAACCGUUCCACCCGUUGUCGUCUUCCGGGGCUUCGCUCACCUUCCAGGACGGUUCCGGUCUUUGUUGGCCAAGACAAGGAUGAAUACCUUUCCCUCGUGGCCAGGCUCAUUAUCCAUUUUCGAGAUAUUUGUGUCUUUGGUGUUUUAGGGUUAUCACGUGGUGCACCUGCUUCUUGGAAUCCAUAGAAGCCCUCCAACAGGACAUCUGGCUGAUUCCCCCCAUUUGCAGGGACAAAAAUUGGAUCGAGACUACCCAAGACCUAUGGCUUCAAGGAACUUUCAUCGAUUUCGGCCCCAAGGAAAUUCACAUCUUCAGUGCCCUGGCCUUUACAGCUAUGCUUCUCUUGUCCCCACACCCUGACCACCCCUCCCUUCCUUCACACUUGUUGUCCCUCUCCAGCAGUAAGUAGCCAGAAAAUCUCAUUGCCCUGCUCCCAACACAAAAACAAACAGGGAGGAAUGUUGGGUAUUUGGAAGACCCCCCCGCCAAAGUUAAGUUUCCUCUCAGGAGAACAACACGGGAUCAUUUACCCCUACCCCUCCUCUCCAAAGGGCGCCAAGCCAAAGAGCACCAAAUUCAAAGGUUUUCUUGACCAAUCCCCACAGGACCCAGUGUCUGCUUGCUAUUCCUGAGUCACCCUGCCAAUCAGCACCUGCCAUGUCACCUAUACAACCCUUCUUAAGCCAAAGCUUGCAAGCUCUCUGCCUUCUUCCACUCUUACCUCUUCCUCUUCUUUCUCUCUCUCCCUGCUCUCUGGUCUAUUUCUCUCUGCUCUCCUCUUCUCUCUCUGCUCUCUGCCUCUCCUUUUCUUCCCCUUCGGACAGCCCCCCAAUAAAGUCUCUUGGUUGAAUCUG